AUGAACAGCUUGUCGGAUCACCCGAGUGUGAUACAAAGGUGCGGAUGUGGCGGCGCUUCGGGACAUCCGUACUUGCAGCAGGCUCUUCCCAUCGACGCCAGUUGCGCGUUGGUCACGUCAGGCGAGCCGACAAGGCCCCUGCCCGCGCUCGACCGCCUUGAUCCGACCUGCAGCGGCAUGAAGCGGCUAGUCUGGCUUGCGCCUGCCAGCCGGGUUCUCUUGCCGUCGAGUCUUCGCGUCGACGCCUUCGAGCUCUCGACACGACGAGCUUCGAGCAAACUCAAAACACAGCCAGGCCAGCCCGCGGCGGAUUUCGAUAAAAAUCCGGGAGAAAUCAGGAGGCACGGCACGGAUUACUCGCGGACGGGCCCGACACGCGACACGCUGAUUUGGAUGGCCACCUGA